UUUAAUCAUCUGAUUAACCCCGUGUCCCACACUAUAUAAACCGAGCAUCUGGGGCGCCGAGGGAUUUUCUUGCUUCUGGAAACAUCUAAUCGGAGCCAGAGGUAUGGAGGAAGAAGAGCAUGAGGUGUACGGGGGGGAGAUUCCUGACGUGGAAGGCGAUAUGGACUCUCACAACGCCGACGUCGACAUGUCCGCCGCCGAUGAAGACGCCGUCAAGGAGCUGGAUGAGAUGAAGAAGAGGUUGAAGGAGAUGGAGGAGGAAGCGGCGGCUCUUCGCGAGAUGCAAGCUAAGGUUGAGAAGGAGAUGGGCGCUGUUCAAGAUCCAGCUAGUGCUGCUGCUAACCAAGCAAAUAAGGAGGAAGCGGAUUCUCGUUCUGUGUUUGUUGGCAAUGUUGAUUAUGCAUGCACACCAGAAGAAGUCCAACAACACUUUCAAUCUUGUGGUACAGUUAACAGGGUUACUAUUCUGACAGACAAGUAUGGCCAGCCAAAGGGUUUUGCUUAUGUGGAAUUCCUUGAAGUAGAGGCUGUACAAGAGGCUUUGCUUUUGAAUGAAUCUGAACUACAUGGACGUCAAUUGAAGGUUUUGCCCAAGAGGACCAAUGUUCCUGGGAUGAAGCAGUAUCGACCAAGGCAUUUCAAUCCUUACGUUGGUUACCGGUUUAGGAGGCCAUACGUGCCUAAUUUCUACUCCCCUUAUGGAUAUGGGAAGGUUCCUAGGUUCAGAAGGCCAAUGCGAUACAUGCCCUAUUACUAGACACUGUUAAAGAUUUAUCAGGUGGGUGGUUCCAUUCAUGAACUUGGGAUCUUUUCAUUUAUGAUCUUUCGGGAGGAUAAACAGAUGUUUUUAUUUGUAUAAUGAUGGUUAUUGCUAUUAUUCAUAACCGAGGACAAUAUAAGAUUGAUGACAUUUUAUUUCUUAGGCAAAA